CGUGCGCCAGCGCUUUUCACUCCAGAUUAGUCAGUAUGCCACGAUAACCAUAAUUAUUGUGUUCUCGGCGCUGUAAACACAACACGCGUGUUUUUAUCAGGGUUUGUCGAAGGAUAUUUUCGCACGAUAAAUAUUAUAGGUACCUACGUCGUAGCGUAUACAUAUAUACGUCACACGCAUUACGUGAAAGUGAUAACAUAUUCACCGAUAGAAGCGCACUUCUUGCGAAAGGGACAUGUCGUGUAUCGUGUUCGGAAGACCGGGUGCUCCGGGUGCCUGAAUCCCUCGGUGGCAUUAUGGCAAAAUGGUAACGACCAGAGUAGCAUCAACGAACAAACGAUCGUCUGCUGCAAUGCUCUGUUGCGCCCGAAAGAAGGGCCGCGAUCGAGCUCAAGACUUGGCCACAACGUCCAGACAUGGCCAACAACCAUUGCCGGCUGGGACAAAAACUAAAGAUGCACUGCCAGUGGUUUUACAGAGUGAUUUCCGAAAAUUAAGUGGAAUUAGUAAAGAAGAUUUUCGAUUAAUCGAUACCAUUGAAAAUGAGUAUGAUGCAACUACAGCAGCGGCACUUGAUGCAGUACAACGUAGAGGUGAAAUGGUUGUCCGAAUACUGGACCCGAGAAUUCACCUCACUAAAACUGCUACAGAUGCGGCUAAAAAAUUUCUUAUGCUUCAAGAUUCUAACCAUAUAGUUAAUCUAGUUGAGAUAAUAAAGAGACCUGGUCAGACUUUAGGGUUGUACAUUCGGGAAGGUAACGGCAUAAAUCGUCACGAUGGUCUAUUCAUUUCUAGAUUAGCUCUUGAGUCGGCAGUAUAUAAUAGUGGAUGUAUACAGGUUGGUGAUGAAGUAUUAGCUGUAAACCUAGUUGAUGUUACUAGAAAAGCCGUAGACGAGGUUGUGAUCAUUAUGUCAAUACCUAGACGACUGGUAUUAGCUUUAAGACAAACAAGAGGCAUGCAUCGAGCUUCAGUCAAUGCUUCAUUGGCAUCUGCCAUGCCCAGUCACCAACCUCCAGUAGUUGUGAUUAAAAAGGAUAUUAGUAGAGAAUCAGAUGACCAACAUGAUGAUGAUGAUGAUGAUAUGCAUAUGAAAUCAUAUAUGACUACAGGUAGAGUAAAUCAAAGAAAUAAAGAAAACAUGCACGAACAACGACGAAGAGAAUCUAGAGGAAGAUCACAAUCUCAACUUGCCUUGGAUUCAAAUGGCGAUAUUUCUGGAGAUCUCUACUACAAUUCACGGCCUCCGGAAUCAAGAAGACAAGCUUCUACGCUGGAUCGUCGUAAUAAUUGGUCGUAUCAACCUCCUCAUCCUCCAGUUUCUAAUGAACAACCCAAACCUCAGCAUUUUCAGCCAUUCGAUAAAGCAUACCCUAAGACUUUAGAAUCAUUAGCUGAAAAAGUACAUCCGUUUUGUCCAGGCGGACAAUCCUCAACUGGCAGAAGAAUGUCUGCAACAACUACACAGCAACAAUAUCGCCGUAAUAAUAUUCCAAGAUCUGGUUCAGAUCAGUAUCUACCUAGAUCUGAAUAUGAUUAUGGAAACAGACCAUAUCGACAAUCGCAAACACUGAUGAGAUCCGGACUUAGAAGUAGUGCUGGCGCUGGAUCCGGUACACGUUUAGUUUCACAAUACUCGCAAGGUUCGUCUAGAACAUUACCAAGACACCUAGAUUAUGCGUCAGAUACAGAAGCAACCAAAGUAACUUCUACAUCUCCAUAUUACUAUAGAGGUUCUUCGCAAAUAUCAGGUGUUUCAAAUAUAUCAAGAUUGCAGGGCAGUUCCACAAUAUCUAGAAGUAAUUCUUUAAGAUCAAAUUCACUUCCUAGAGAUAUUCGUACCCCACGAACCCCACUUUCAUCUCUCAACACGAGCUUGAGAGGUAGUUUGAGGCGAUACAAUACACAGGACAAUCCUAAAAUAUCAUCUUCUAUGUUAAGUGAUCAUGAAGAUAGUGAUGGUAAUCUUAGUGCUCCAGAGUUUCAAAUGAGGCGCAAAAAUCGAUUAGUCAGCUCUCCUAGUGUAUUUACAGCUGAUGAAUAUAGAGCGUGGAUGAGUAGAGCACCGUCGACCAGUGCUAUUUAUGAUCGUAUUCGUAACGUUUGCGAUCCAUCAUUAAAACAACAAAAAGUACAAAGAUUCACAUUUAGCGCUGAAAACCUACCAGAAAGAACAAGGCAUUCGGAAUUAAUGAGUUAUUCCGGAACAAAUGCAGAUUUAAGACCAUUUAGAGGUCUUGGAUCUCCGGCAUUACCUUCAGCAACGACAUCGACAUUAGACAGACAUACUAGAACGUCUUCAUUAAGAAGAAUUCGACAUCUUUUAGAACUUGAAGCUAAACAUUUAGGUCGACGUAGUCCAUCAUCCACUUCAGAUUUACAAGCCGACAGAGCUAGAGUAUUGGAAAUUAAUCCAGCUGAGUUCUUAAAAUACAAGUUUGAAAAAACUUCAAUAGACAAUGCCCCACCAAUAAGUGGUUUAUUGUGGGUGCAUCUACUGGCUGGCAGAGGUCUCAGAGCGACUCCCACUAACGUAUUACCGGGUCAACCUACAAAUGUUAUGGCGCCCACUGGUAGUUCAAGAGACUUGUAUUGCGUUCUGGAGUGUGAUCGAGUGCACAAAGCCAGAACUGUGGUGCGCACUGGUGAUCUAGUCUUUGAUUGGGAUGAAACAUUUGAAUUAGAUCUACUUUCAAACAAAGAAUUAGACUUUUUAAUAUACUCGUGGGACCAACAAUACAGGCACAAGUUAUGCUACAAAGGAUCAGUACAUCUGGCAUCUUUAGUUAGAGAUAGUCCCGUACAUCAAUUAGCUUUAAAAAUUGAGCCUCGGGGUACAUUAUAUUUACGGUUAAGGCACACCGAUCCUUACCAGACUUUUAUCAGGAAAACUUUAAGAACUUCAACCACUUUACCACCGAGAACAAAAACUGCUGGACUAUUUGGUAUUGAUCUCGAGUCAGUAGUCACUCGUGAAAGUGGCGCAAUUUCCAGUUCUUUAUCUUCAUUAGCACAAGCACCAGCCACAGCAUCCGUACCAGUCAUUGUUCGGAGGUGUAUUGAAGAGGUCGAACGUAGGGGUUUAGAUAUUAUUGGCCUUUAUCGACUUUGUGGGUCCGCUUCUAAGAAGAGGAUUCUUCGAGAAGCUUUCGAACGUAAUCCCAGAACUGUGGAUUUAUCGCCGGACAACGUGCCCGAUAUUAACGUAAUCACGGGUGUCUUAAAAGACUAUUUAAGAGAACUUCCCGAACCACUCUUCACUCGUUGUCUAUACCAAAUGCUUCUUGAUGCGCUAACAGUAUUGUUACCUGACGAUCCACAGGCCAACGCUAAAUUGAUGUUAUCGAUUUUAGAUUGCUUGCCAAAGUUGAAUAGAGCUACGUUGACAUACAUUAUGGACCAUCUGGCACUUGUCGUGUCACAAUCCCCGCGAAACAAGAUGUCAGCACAAAAUUUAUCUAUAUGUCUGGCCCCUGUGUUAAUGGUUCAAAGCGAGGCGAAAGAAAAACCUAUCGAUUUCCAACAGCCCGUCAACGUGUUACGAUAUUUAUUAGAGAUUUGGCCACCUAAAUCAGUUCGGGAGUGUUUGCCGCCGUCGGUCGUCAACGGCGUUACUCGGCCCCCGCCGCUGCCCGCGAAGCCAUCCUGCGUGCCCGCUGUGCCAACAAGGCGCGCCCCGCCGCCCGUAAUUGUAGCGUCGCCGACCAGUGACACGGCCACGUCUGACGACGACGACGACGAUGACGGCCACGGCCACGACGGCACGGCCAUCGAACCUCCACAAAUACCGGCCAGGUCUAACGCGCACCGGCUGACCAAGGUGGCGGCGCCAGAGCCCGACGAGAACGCAGCCGAGACACCAAGCUCGUCCACCGGCACGGAAGACUCGCAGCGCGACGUGGCCGAGCGCGCCGCUGAGGCGGACGAAGAGAGUUGCGGAGAAGAACAACUGGAAAGGAGACCGCGAGGACUGCAGAAUGCCAACACCGCCAUUAAGCACAACGCUAAUAAUAAUAGUAAUAAUAGUAAUAAUAAUAAUAACCGCCAAUAAUGUUGCGACUUGUAUUAUAUUAAAUAUUAGUGAAAAACGUUUGCCAACUUUCUACCAAGAUAAUAAUACUAUGUAAUAUUUAGGUACGGGAGUUCCGUAUAAAUGAUCUGUAUUGGACCGACAAUAAUAGUAUUAUUAUCUUUUAUGAUAUGCCAUGUUAUUGUUAUUUUUGUUGUUGUUGUUACUGUUAUAGAAGAAACAAUACAUAAUAUGUAAAACAUAUUAUUAUCACCUUGAAUUGAUUAUUAUAUUAAAAAAACGAUAAUUGUUACUCCUCGCGGUAGGUAGGUGUUAUACUACAUAAUAUACUAGUGUCUAGUAUAACAGUCUGUGUAUUAUAAAGGUCUGUGAUGUCACAUCCUACUUAAUACAGUAAUAUAUCAUAGAGUAGGUACCUGUAUAAUAUAUACUACAUAGUAAAUAUAUACAAUAGAUACAGAAAAUUGAUACAAAAUUCCAUACAUAUUCAACAUGUACAUAAAAUAUUUUAAUGGUAGGAAAUAAUAACCAUAUAUUGUAACAUAAUUUUAUGUAUAUUUCAAAAAAAAUUCCUAAAACUUUUAACAAAGAAAACAAAAACGACAAUAAAUAUAAUACGGUAUAAUAUUAUUUAUACUUCGUUUUUAAUAUAAUCAUUUAUCAUAUUAGCACUAUGUGUUUACAACAGGACAACCAUGCAAAGAAAAAAGUACGGUAUCAUAAGGUAUCUAAUUACAUAAAAUAGUUUAAUUGAGGUUUAAGACCAUUGGCACGCUAAUUGUUUUUCGGGUUUUCCGUUACAAACUUUCUAUAAUAACUCGAUCCUCGUCACAAUAGGUAGAUAAAUGAAUAAAAUAAUUAUAUUUGAGGAACUUCAGUCAUACAAGUAAUAUAAAUGAUAGGAUUUAUUAAUAAAUGGUAGAAAUUUGGCAAGCAUAAUUCCACAUAAUUCCAUACUUACGCACAA